GAUUUCGAUGUCGAUUAUAGUCCUCUAACUAAGAAAUACAAAAAUUUGACUUUUUGAAAAGAAAGCCUUUGAUAGCUUACUAGCAAAAUGGUGGAGGUGAUCGCCGCGCUGGGGGCGGGCGCGCACGCGCUGUUCAACUACAACCGGAAGAACUUUAUGUUCGAUCAGGAACAGCGCAUCAAGCGCGAGUACCAGGGCCAGGACAUGCGGGUGAAGCAGUUCGAACUUUAUCGCGAGGACGUCCGGGACUUGGUCGGUUUGACGAUCGCGAAAAUGGAUAAUUACCUGAUCGUGAACACUUUGCAGCUCGGGUUUUGCGUCGCCUUGUACACCGAGGGAAGGUUGGAGAGCAAGGAGGGAACGCUGUACCCCGACUGGAUGCUCUGGCUGUACUAGACUGAAUAAAGUCUACUGGCUUUUUUCUUUUUUUUCCGUAUCAAAAGUAGAUUUAAAUUUACAGUUUUUCGGUUCGAUGUUUUUAUUUUGCCCUUUGUGUUUGUAGUUUUUUUAUUGCGCAUGAUGGCUCUUGUGCGCGAGCAAGGAAAGUCAAGUACAUUUAUUAAUCGCAGGUAUCUGAUAAGCAUCUCCGGUGCUUUUCUCUACCUUCUAAUCUCCGUCUGGCUCGCCAUGCAUGCCUCCAUUGCCGCGCACUCUUUCGGUGUCCGACUGCUCACGCAGUUCGUCCGUCUCCCCGUCCCUUCGGUUACCCAGAUCGACGCAGCGCGGGGGUACGCGACCGACUACGAAGGGAAGAAACUUGGAGAUAUGCUGCGGGUGCCCAUCUGGAAGCAGCAAGCGGAAAAGUUAAACGAUACUAUGAGCCGGGAGCACGCAGGAGAACAGUCCUCUAAAAACACCCCGACUAAGGGCGGUGCCAAUGACGAGCACGACGACCCGCAUGCGCUCGAUCACGAGCUCCACCCCAUCGCGGAGCACAGUUCUGGGGUAGUACCAUCUUCAAGUACAGGCGGUAAUUCAACAUCCGCCCAGCUGCAGACGCAGCAGCUCACGUCCGCAGACCAUGUGACGAUGUUGGAGCACGUGAAGCUCUACCGGCAACUGCAAGCCAACUGGCAGUCGUACGAUGCGUACGCCAGAGUAGCGAUGUCGAUGGGCACGAACCAAUUACUGCACGCGCUCACAUAUUACGUGUUGGGAUAUUUGAUCAUCGAGGUACAUUUUUUUUACGCGGAAAGAAGCAGGUGGUGCUUCCUUUUGGUGAUGCUUGUUUUCCUCGUCCGCGUACUCACUUGCACUGUGCAUACCUUAUGCGAGAUGAUGAAAUGCAAACUUCUACCAAAAUCCUCCAAAACUACAGGCUAAAGCUCCGAUGGUCGCGUACGGUUGCGCCGCAGUGUUCACCUGCGCGUCAAUCCUCCUCGCGCGCCUCGAUCUCUACCUGCACAGAAGAGCGACUUACAUCGCCUGUUCACUGCUUCUUGUCGGCCCGGUUUUAUCCGCGUCGGGCACGACGCUGAAGAUCCUCGACAACGACGCACUGUACGAUUUCCACAGGGUCGUUGUGCCGUUAGGUUUCCUCGCCCAUCUCGUCUGGAUCAUCUUCAUCUUGACCAUCACGCGCGCGCAAAUCACCGAAGACAACGUCGCCUUGCCCACGACCUUUCGGUCCGUGCUGUACCUCGACGUCUUCGGCUGGUACGACAAAGCGUCCACGGAACUGAACGAGAACCGCAGUCGGAAGACGAGCAGUGCGAGUCUGUUCGGAGCAGGUGGAACAUCUUCCUCGAGUCCAGCGCAACAUACCAAUUCUCUCGGCGCUAGCACAAAUGAUGGGACGAACAACUACACACCAAGAGGUGCAGUUGGCCACGACGGGACGACCACAACGAUGUCGAUGCAGCUCUCACUCCCCGCCGGUCAGGAACACUGGGUGGACGGGGAUUUUUUCGAAGAUUUGACCACCGCCCAGAUGAUCAAGGACUGCCGGGAGAUCCAAAAAGACAUUUUCAAACCCCUGAACCUCUACGCACGGGCGAAAGCGCACGAACAGUUGGAUUUGGGGGCGGCGGGACAGUGCGAAUUCUUGCAGGAGAAAUACGACAAAGCGAGUGCGAAAUUGAAGGAUUUAGUCCAGCAGUGCUCGAGCCAGCCGCCCAGCCCAAGGAACGGCGGUUCAUCCUCCGCGAAAGACGUCGACCCUCUUGAUACAGUAGACACGACCGCUGGGGGUGGUCACGUGUCCUUCUGCAUGGAGGGCAUCAGCGAGGUGGAUGUCGCGACAGCCGCCGCUGCGAAGCUCGUGGCUGCACAGGAAGCCGGCGGUGAAGUAGAGGACACAGCAGCACCUACUGCGGUCGCGGUCGCGGUUACAACCACUCCGACAAAUAAAAGUGGUGGUGGAGAAGUCCCGACCUACGUGGAGAUCGUUUGGUCCGAGGGUUUCGGCGCAACGGUUUUCUACUACGACCCCGAGGCGAAACAGACAAAGUGGGACUUGCCAAAGAACGCAAAAGUUGCACUUUCGCUUUCAAAUUUGGAGCGGCUGAUUACGGAUUUUGCGGAACUUGUGGACGCACUGGGGGAGAAGUGUGUUUGCACUGGGGUAAUAUUACCCGAUGCUGAAGGCUGCACUGGUGAGGACUACAUGAACAACAGUACUACCAUUUCGCGAAAUUUUUCCAAAUCUUCAACCCAGUCCGGGAACAGCGAAACUGGAUCGACGUAUACGACGUCAGAGGGCGGGUUGAUGCUUUCCUCGGUGCAGGGCUACGAAUGGUCCGAAUACAACAUCAACAGCAAUUCUCCCUCCGGGGGCAGCACGAACCGGUCUGCGGAUCAACAUGGGGGAAAUCUUAGCGAGGGGGCCAUUUCUACUGGUAGAACACACAGCGGGGGCACCGCAGCGGUUCAGCGCAGCAACACCACCGCUUUUUCAACAACUGCUACGGGAUCCGCUUCUUUCUCUCAGAGCAGCCGAGCAAAACAGCUGGGGGUUGUAGCCGGAGGUACUUCAUCUGCCAGUAGUGCUUCCACCCGCGGCAUUAUACCGACCUUGCAGAGGAGCAACACGACACCAGGGGGGAACAGCAGGAAUCAGAAUUAUACAGAUGCCGGAUCCUCAAGCAGCUCAUCAUCAAGCAACAGCAGCUCCAAAAAACGGAACAAAUCGAACAAAACCCCCGCACCAAAUCCGAAACCGGCCUCCAAUCAGGACCGCCACAACCCGGCGCAGGAGUGGCGAUUCGGCGGCCGCGAGGGGGUGGACGCAGGGACGAUGAAACAUUUCGUCAAUCGCCCCCUGGCUGCGGUGAGUUUCCACCCGUUUCCCCACUCCUCCGAGAAAACUGGAAACACGCCCAGUCACCGGGGGAAUGUGAUGUCCUCUUCGAGUGCAGGGGAAGAUGAUACUGGACCACAGGAAGUAGCGAACGGCUCGUCAUCUGCGACGAGAGGAAGGAGAGGCACCGCGCCUGGAGCCGCGGCCACUUCGACAAGAACGCCAAGAGGAAUAGAUGAUCAGUAUCAAUCUUCCCGUGCAAACAACAACAGCCCGGAUAAUUGUACUCACGACCCUUCGUCGUCCUGGAACCGGAGUUUGGAAUGGCUGCGGCGGAAGAGGGAGCUCUCGAACCUGAGUCUGCAACAAUCUGCCGGGAGUACGCCGAAUUAUAACUCGUCCUCUUCGAGCGCGGGAACGCGAGCCGCGCCGCCGGGCUUGCUGCCCUGGAAGACGUUUUUCGCCGGCUCCGCCGUGUUGGUCGGGGUGUGGACCGUCGGGUACCAAAUGCAAAAAUGUCUGGGUCUGGAACUUGUCAUGCUGUUUUUGGAUUCGAAAAAAAUUUGUAUUGCAUGACCAGCAAGGGGGGUCCAGUUUGUGCUACGCAGACAGGACAUUUCUCAUGCGGAAGGUGCAUCAGGAAGCCCUCUAAAAGUCUCUGAUGCAGGGUCAUGAAUUACAGGCACCAUGGGCCAUGAGAAAUAUGCAUGACAUAUCUUGCACUCUUCCAGACCCAGACAUAUUUGCAAUCCAUAUCGGGUUGCUCUGGUCGAUUUCCACCAUGGCCUUCGGUGCGAACGUGCCGGGGGGGCAGGAUCCGAGCUGGAUACGAAGGAAGUUGCCUCAUCAGGGCCGCUAUCAAAUGCAAAUAUGUCCGGUUCUGGAAGAUUCUGAGACUUGUCAUGGAGGUUUUGCAUGACCCGGGAUGUCUGUAAUGCACGACUUAGCAUCACAGAUUUUUAGAGGGCUUCCAGAUGCCUACUCCGCAUGACAAACGCCCUCCCCGCGUAGCACAAACUAGACUCCUCUUGCUGGUCGUGCAAUACAAAUUUUUUUAGAGUCCAAAGUUAGCAUCACAAGGUCCAACCUUUCCAGACCCAGACACUUUUUGCAUUUGAUAGCCGCGGGGGGAGCGAGGACCAGCAGCAAGAAGAUGACCAGCACUUUUAUUCUGGACGGCCAAACGACAGUUCAUCUGCUCGUGGUGCCUCUUCUUCCAGCACGACGACCCCGGUCGUGUCUUGGUGGAGGGUAUUGUGCUACACAGCAAGUGCUUCUAGUUCCGAUGAGGGGCAGGCCGAAGUAGUUCCGCGCGACAACAAAUUAUCACGCACCUACGAGGAGUGCAGCGAUCUUCGCAACACCGCACGAGGACACGCAGCUGCUUUUAACCAGCAGCUGCAUCGGCAUCACAGCGCCCCUGCAUUUUCCUCCACGGACAAGCUGAACCUGGCUGCUAAGCUUGCGUCUGUCUCUUACGCGACUUCGAGCAUCCUGCCAAUACUCUUCUCCAGUACAACUUCUAGGAACAAUGCGCCCGCUACUAGCUCCGCAACCACGGUAGGCGCGCCAGAUGUGUUCUACCACCUUCACACACCGAGACUAACCGCAGUGCACACCAUACAACCGCAAAAAGCGAAUGCGGCAUUUUUCUCGCCCAUGGCUGUUGCCUGCACGAGAAGUCGUGCACCAGGAGAGACAAACAAUCUCGUCUGCUUCCUCGCGGACACGUACCGCCUGCACCGCGUGGAGUUAGGAGCGACGAGUACAACAGGGAUGGUAUCAACUCCAACUGACAUCGCAGAUGAUGCAAUUAUAGAUGCUCACGCUAGUACAACAAACCACACUGUAGAAGAUGAUUCUUGUGCGGUGCGCGCCCCGGUAUCCGAGCUCACUGUGUACGAAGGUACGCCUGUCGUCGUGGCGGAAUCAAGCGGGCGACCAGGUAGUACUUCUCUGCCGCUGCUUUCAGAACACGAGAUCGCCAUCGCAUGCCCGAGGCCAGAGUUGUUUUUCGGAAUGAAAAAGAAAAACAGAAAAAGCAGUGCAGAAAAAAUCUUCACCGGGCCACAGAUCCAGCAUUUUUUCCAACCAGCGCACGAUGCAGCUGCAACGUCGCCGACGCACAUUUUGCUCGCCUCCAGCACUACUGAGAGGACAGAUGCCAGCAGUACCGCCUCGGUUACAUCAAGAGCACCGUCUUCUCCUCUCGCACAGGAUGAACAACUUGCCGCGGAUGUUCUCGUUCCACAUCCACCUGCUACUGCGCACGGAGGUACUAGAGCAGAACAGGCGACUAGUAGUAACCCAACAAGCCAGAAGAUCCAUACCGUGGUGCUGGAUCAGUCUAUUGGCCUGCUUACCGUCUACGACCGAAACCUGUACCCGGUCGCGGAGUUCGUGGAGGACAGGAUGUUUCAGUCGAUAGUAUUGGUUCAAAACCGAUUUCUACUCGGGUUGAAGCAAGAAAACAAGCGGAUUCUGGAGUUGAUCUGGGAUCUGGAAACAGCCCUUCCCGUGGAGAACCGCCUCGCUUGGGAACUACCAGAAGAAGUGGUGUCGGUUACAAAUUGCGGUUCUGUGGGCGGGGACGAGAGCAGCGGCCCUUCUCCAAAAUUUUCCGUCUGCGGACUGACUAGAAGCAGCAACGCGGGAAGUAGAACAAGAAGCGCAAGGAAUAGAAAUGCAGACGAAAACGGGGUGAAGCUGCUGCAAAUGCAAUUUUCCUUGCUCUACACGCAAGCGCUUGAUGUUCCAGAAAUGCAUCUAGAAGGUCGUGGAGAGCAGGCGACGGAGAUUGUGAUGUGAGAAUUUCACACAACCAGGUUUCGAUACGCAAAUGCACACCACCGAACUACUUACGCAGGAAUAAAGUUUUUGAAUUUUGCUUCCUCUGAAUAGUCUUGCGGCUCAAUUUUGUUGGUCUAGAUUUUCACAAAUGCAUACGCACUAUCGGAAUCGGAAACAACGAAGGAAAAAAAAAGCAAAGAGUGUAAUAUGAUAAAAGAGAAAAGAAAGUGAAGAAAAAAUAAACAUAAAGCGGGCAAGAAAUAAAAGAUUCAAAC